GCAAUGAGGGGAUGAGGGAUGGGCUUAAAUGUAACUGUCGUCCCUUACUAGUAGUACCAUUCAGUGCUUGUAUGCUGUUCAAUAAUGGAAAAUCAAGCCAAGAGACAUAGGAAAGCGAAUUUUACAGACACUGAAAUAAGAGUGCUAUUAGAAGAAAUAAGUGUUGAUCAUAAAACAUUGUUUAUGGCCAACAACCAAACUGUCACAAACAGGUUAAAGGGGGAUAUUUGGAAAAGAAUAACUGCAAAAAUCAGUGCAUGCGGCGUGGCAGAACGUACACCACAAGAGGCGAAAGAAAAAUGGAGAUCGUUGAAAGGGGCCGUCCUAAACAAGCAGAAAAGACAGACGAAAACGGGAGGUGGACCACCAGAUAAACCAUUGCCAUACGAGGACAUCAUCGUGACCAUAAUUGGAGAAAAUUCAAACCUCUACACUGGAAUAGAAGUGCAAGGAACAGACACUUAUGAAAACCCACAAACACAAGCAGUCGAGUGCAAGAAUAACACUGAAAAUACGUGUGUGGUUUCCUCGGAACCCACGCCACAUUGCUCAAAGGAAUACCCUGAGGAUUUGACGUCCGUCCAAACUAUCUCUGGUCCAACACCUUCAUCUCUCACUUUAACACCGCUUUUAAAUGUAGACACAACACUAUGUCAGGACGAUGAUAAUAUAGCAGUUGCUAUUGUAAAUGAAAGUAAAACAUUUGAAGCAAAACAAUCAGCUUCACCAUCACUUGACAAAAUAUUAAUAACGAAAUCAAAGGCCCAAAAAUGAAAAAAGUCCUUGGUGGAGAAAGGGCUAGAUGAUCAUGAGAAUGAUCUCUUUGAGGAAUAUCUCAAAAGUGAGAUAGAAAAAAACAAAGGCCAUGACCAUUUUUUUCAAUAACAAAAACAAAAAGAUUUUGUUAGAAAUUAAAAAACUUGAAAAAAUUGAAAAGGAAGACGAGUUACAUAAUUAAAUUUUGUAAUGAAAACUGCAAUAAAUUCAUUUAAUAAUAGGGAUAUUUGUAUGAAUACCCUGAAUGAACUAGUUUUGUAGUUCCUUAUUACACCUACAUUAUUAAUGAACAACAUGCUAUGAACAAGUAUGGUUUUUACGUUUUACUUAGGCAAAGUUAUUGUUUACGUUUAUUUUGUAAUUGUAAUACGUAAUAAAGAAAGCAAAUAUU